GGACGUGACUCACUCGAGUCAAGUUGCGAAGAAGGUUUGUUUUGCUAGUAACAGCUGAGCUAGCUCGCCGGGUAGUUUUUUAUAUUAACGGUUGUUGAGCCUUGCAAUAUGUCAGUGUCUGAAGAAGGCACAGCAACUGUUGUUCCGUCAGUCCUCAUUACAAGCUGUGACAUUGGCUUUAAAGAGGAGGAACUAAUAAAACAAAUCAUUGGUACGUCUUUGCCAGAGCCCUCAAAGCAGCAAGAAUCUGUGAUUUGGUAUCCAUGGACGAUCAACAACAAGUACUACACAGCAGACGUCAGUCUAUGUGUAGUGCCCAGCACGUUCCAAAUGACAUCCGAGAUAGCGCAGUCCAUGCAAGCUUUCAUAGCUUACUUUGACAGUACAGUGAAGGAUGGUUUAGACAGACUGUCCCCGUGGGUGUCUGUGGUGGAAGAUCUUGCUCCUGAGGUGCUUAUCCUGGUGUGUGACCGUGUAUGUGAGAGCGGUGUUACUAGACACGAGGCACAGCAGUGGUGUUUAGGCCAUGCCUUUGAGCUGGUGGAACUCAACCCUCUAGACCUACCAGAUGAAGAUGAUGACUUCCCAGAGUCUACCGGAGUGAAGAGGAUUGUCCAGGCCCUUAACGCUAAUGUGUGGUCCAGUGUAGAAAUGAAGGAUGAGCACAAUCAGGGCUUUGGCCUGAUGAGCAGCCUAGUGGCCUCCAGACACAACAACCCACGGCCCAGCCAAGAAUCCUCCUGCUCCAGUUUGCCAGGAGAGGGCGUAAAUGACAGCGAAGAGGCAGCAAGGACAGAGACCAGUGAGAACUCAGAGACACAGAUUGACACAUUAGUUGAUCCAAUGAUUGACAUGGACAUUCAGGAGUUGGCCAAUCUAACAGUCGGAGAUGCAGACGUGGAGAACUUUGAACGUCUUUUUACCAAACUAAAGGAGAUGAAAGAUAAAGCCUCUUCCUUACCCCAUGAGCAGAGAAAAGUUCAUGCAGAAAAGGUUGCUAAAGCUUUUUGGAUGGCAAUCGGAGGAGACCAGGAUGAGAUCGAAGGCCUUUCAUCUGGAGAAGAGAGUUAAAACAUGAUUAAGUCUUCUUUUCCUAUGGUCCAUCCCUGACACCUACCCUAGGGCUCCCAGACCCAGCCCCCCAGCUCCUAACACUGAGAGUGACCAGAGACUGGGUAGGACCCACGCCAGACUGAGACUUCAUCAUGAUAUUUACUUACUUGUUUCGGUCUCAGUGUGAAUUCAUGCUGUUGGAUUUUCUCAUUAAGAACAGAGAACUUGGAAGCAAGUACACAAAGCUCAGUGGGUUGCUGUGGUAACGCUUGCUUACGGUGUCUCCUCUUAUGGUCUGUCAUCCAUGAGUGAAUCUGAAGACUUGAUGAUGGUAAAAGUUCAAAAGAAUCAUCAUGUACUGUAGGUGGAUUAGUCUGGUUUGUGUUUAGCUUUUGUAUUGAUCGUCCAUAUUUGUUCAGGGCACAAAUGGCCUCAUCAGAUAAUCAUUUUUAAGAUGUAAAUCUACAGGAUUUCACUUCUACAUACAUCGUUAAAGGCUCCUGAAUAAAUUUCCUCUAUAAUCAA